GUUCCUAUGGAACGCUAAGUGGGUCCCACCAAAGUGUUUUGGAUGUUCUGUUUUCUUAACUAUAAAUUCAAUGCAGGGGACUCUGCCUCCUCCCUCACCUCACUCAUAUGCACUCUCCUUCUCUCACUCUUUUUCUCUUCAUUCACUCUUUCUCGUUAUUGUCUUUCUUCUUUCUCAGAAUAAUUAAACCACACUUGAUGUUAGUUGGUUAGUUAGUUACUACCUCUCAAACGUAAGCUAGUGUCUCAAACUCGGUUUUAAUACUUAACCAACUGCCAAAACCAGACACACCCUUUCAAAACAUAAGCCUGUGUUGGGUUUGUUUUUUUAGAGAGAUUAUUGUGUCAAAAUGACGCAGCAGAAUGUGGUAGUGUCUGACACCAAAUCUGGAGUUUCCCUAACAGUUUUUCCAACACCUGCACAAAAAAAGCCACCGGCAGCACCAGGAGGGUACAUUUCUAUUUCAAGGAGGAGGGUUUUGAAGAACCUUGAAAUCAAUGGAGACCAAAGAAUCAAUGCAUGGGUUGAGUCCAUGAGAGCCUCAUCUCCUACCCAUCUUAAAUCCGCACCUUCUUUCUCUCAGGAGCAAAACUCUUGGAUUCUUCACCAUCCCUCCGCAUUAGACAUGUUUGACCAAAUUAUUGAUGCGUCAAAGGGAAAACAAAUUGUCAUGUUCCUCGACUAUGAUGGCACUCUUUCCCCAAUUGUUGAAGAUCCUGACCGUGCUUUCAUGUCUCACUCGAUGAGGAAAACAGUGAGGAAACUUGCUAGGUGUUUUCCUACUGCCAUAGUGACCGGAAGAUGCAAAGACAAGGUAUACAAUUUUGUUCAGUUGGCAGAGCUAUAUUAUGCAGGAAGCCAUGGCAUGGAUAUUAAAGGGCCAACAAGAAGCUCCAAAUACAACAAAGAUAGCAAAGCUGAGGCAAUUCUUUUUCAACCUGCCAGCGAUUUUCUUCCCAUGAUAGAUGAGGUGUACCAACAAUUGGUUGAGAAGACCAAAUCAACUCCUGGAGCCAUGGUUGAGAACAACAAAUUCUGCCUCUCUGUUCAUUUUCGUUGUGUUGAUGAAAAGAAAUGGAGUGACCUGGCACGCCAAGUGAAAUCAGUUUUAAAGGACUACCCGAAGCUCCGACUUACCCAAGGAAGAAAGGUGCUAGAGAUUCGUCCGACUAUUAAAUGGGACAAAGGGAAGGCCCUGGAAUUUUUAUUAGAGUCCCUUGGUUUGGCCAAUUGCAGUGAUGUAUUUCCUGUUUAUAUUGGCGAUGAUCGAUCAGAUGAAGAUGCUUUCAAGAAAUUGAGAGACAGAGGACAAGGUUUUGGUAUUCUUGUCUCCAAAUUUCCAAAAGACACAAGUGCAUCUUACUCUUUACAAGAACCAAACGAGGUGAUGAGCUUUCUUCAACGCUUGGUGGAGUGGAAACAUAUGUCCCAACGAGCACGUUCCCGGGUGUAAAUGAGAAUGUGAAAUGACAUGUACAUCCCUAUCCUGCCAUAAAAAGGAAGUUCAACUUGGUUAGAAUGGAUGUUUUGUAUUUCUUGUUCAGGUCAGAACAAAAAUGUAUGGAAAAGGAAAGACAAAAGUGUCGUUCUUAGUUUGAAGGAUGUCUACAUUCACGUAAUUAGCCAGUCAAGUAGUAGUGUAGCCUUCAGAUGCAAGUCUGAAUAAUGGAUUAAAUUUUCUCUCUUCCUUGUUACAUUUACGAAACUACGAUCAAGUAUGUUUUCUCACUCAUGGUCUGAGUUCUUUGUCUCUUACUCUUAAUUACCAUGUUACCUUCUUGUUUGCGAAAAAUGAAGAGUGACAAACGAGCAUACCAAGGUUGACAACGUUUCUUUGUUUGUUUGUUCGGAAACUAGGAGAAACUUAUUUGGAUGUCUUCUCCCCUCCUCUAAGAAACAGUACGUGGAAAAGGAGUUUGACAAGCUAUUAGAUUAUGACACCUUGAAUAAGCUUAUGAACUGAUAGUCUGUGUUCACCAUUGGAACAAGAAGUGAAAGAAGUUAUGUCGUUUCACAUCAAUCAUAUCUG